CGGUGUCCUGGGCAGAGCCGGUUGGGGUUCUCUUCACAAGUACUGAGGUGGCAGCCUGAGCAGCUGAGAGGACAGGGACUUGGUGUCUGGGACUCCAUCCCCAUCCUGUUUCUCCAGGCUUCUGGCUCCUCUCCUGUGGUCUCUUGGGGUCUCUGCCCUCCAAGGUUCUCCUAGGGUCUUUGUCCCCACUCUUCUUGUGCUGGCAUUGGGCAGGGCUUCUGCUUUAGCUUUGCUGGGCUGAGGGUGGGGUUGGAUUCCCAGCAGAGCUGGCCCUUAGGCUUCCCAGAAACCUGUCCGCCCCUUCCCAGCACCACAUUGUUCCUCCCUGGCUGUUUUUUCCUGUCCAGGACCCUCCAAGGCCAAGCCAGGCAGGGUGGACUGGAAACAAGUGGGCCCAUCCUUCAACAGCUGGGGAAACUGAGUCGAGAGGGCACAGGGUUUCUUGGUGGGGGUAUGCCCCUGCUUCCUCCCCCAGCUGAGCUUGGAGCUUGGGUUUGGGGAGUUGCCUUCCAUGGAGGUCACUGGGAACCGGCUUUAAGGCAGCAGGACUCAUCCGUUUCACAGAGAUGAAACUGCUCUCCUUAUACCUCCCCAUUUUGCCUCGCUGUCGUCGUGGUGUCUACACCCGCCCUUCCACCCCAGCACUGUCCACCCAACCUGGAUGACCAGGACACUUAGCACAAUUUUUAUAGCCCUGGCUACAGGUGCUUCAGUACAGCGGACACCCUACGCCUGCGGGCACGACCCCGUCCCCCUGACCCCUUGCACCUUAGUUCUUUUAUGUGUGUGUGUAUUUUAGCUGUGGGUGUACACAAUAUUUUUCUAUGUGAUGCUGAGAAUUGAACCCAGUGCCUCAAAUGCUAGGCGAGUGCUCUACUGCUGAGCCCCAGCCCCAACCCGCACGUUAGUUCUUUUUCCGGGUUAUGCUAGGGCCAUACACCCCUUUUCCACUUGACCUACGUUGCUGGUCUUUGCUCUGCAACCCUGGCCAGGGAGACUCCAGGAUCCCUUCCCGCGUGCAUUAGGCAGCUCCUCAUAGGUGGUGUGUAUGAAGUCGUUUCCCAGCCCCCAUCCGCUUUCCAGGAAGUACACUCUGUCCCUAUUCGCAGGUGUUAGCUGCCCCGCCCCUCUUUCCGACGUCUUAAGGGGGUCUAGGGCGUAGCGCGGUGGCGGGUCUGCACACGCAGGGCUCCUCACCACGGUAUUGGAGGCAGGGGUCCGGGUCGAGUCCUGACUUUGGCGUGGUGUGCCACUUGCGCUCUGAAGUUUUGGCUUGUUUUCUCUGGAAGUGGAGACCCGCCCUGAUUCACACUCCACAGUGGGCGCUCAGAGGGUUUAUCCGGGAAGGCGCCCGUGUGACACCCCGAAGGGGCAGCUUCAUCCACUGGUUUCCCAGACCUUGACCUUCCCUGCCCCGAGAUGACCGCCCACAUCCUCAUGCUGUUGCUCCUCGCCUUUGCUCUAGGGGACUCGGGCUCCGCAGGCAGGCGACUGUGGCACCAGGUACCCCAGCACCGCGGCCGCCUCUGCUCCCUGGGCACGUGCCAGACGCACCGCCUGCCGGAAAUUAUAUACUGGCUGCGCUCUGCCUCCACCAAGGAGGCCUCGGGGAAGGCUGGCCGCGAGCCCCAGGACCCUCACAGCUACGGGCGCCGCCGGCGCGAGGCAGGAGCCCUGCUUCAACCCCAGGACCCAGGUCGGCAGUAAGGGGUCCAGGGCAGUUCCCAGCUUACUGGGUGACCUCGGGCACGUCUCUGCUCCUGCCCUGGCUUCAGUGUGCCCACCUGUGUACUGAGGCUACUACUCCAAGUUUUUUCUCCCCACUCCACCCCUGAUCUUCACUUUCCUUUCUCUAGACUGCGACUGGGCUGGACCCAGGUGCCGCGACACCCAACCUGGUCAGAACACUAAC